GAAAUAAUAGUUUAAUUAAUACUCAUUUGACUUGUGUCAAAUUAAGUAUACAUUUCAUUAAAGUAUCUUUUUUGUCAGAAAUGUAUUGAAAAAUAAAUCAAAAUUCAAAAAGACGCGACUAUGGGGUAAAAGAAAGUAAUAAUGAGUAACAAAACAGAAACUAGCGAAGUUAAAGAUGACAAAUCAAGGAAGCCUUUUACAUCUUUAAAGAUCAUUAUGGCUGGUUCAGUUUCUGGAAUCAUUUCGUCAGUGUUCCUGCAACCUUUCAACGUAUUAAAAACCCGUUUGCAAAAUCCUCAAACGCCAUUAAAAGAUUGCAAACAUAAUCGUCAUAGAAUAAUUUCCUUAUUGUCUCACAUAAGAAAACAUGAGCAUGUAUCAGUUUUAUGGGCUGGUACGGUCCCUACCAUCAUGAGAAGUAUACCAGGUAGUGGUAUAUAUUUUUACAUAUACGACAAUAUUAAAGAAAAGUUCUUUCCUACAAGACCUCCAAACACUCUAGAAUCUUUAACAACUGGUAUGGUAACACGAGCUCUCACAGACGUUUUCGUUAUCCCAUUGACAGUAGUAAAAACUAGAGUGGAAAGCGGCGUGUACAAAUACGACGGAGUCUUUACAGCAAUCAAAAUGAUUUACCAGAACGAAGGAAUUCGUGGACUGAAAUCGGGAUUACUUCCAAUUCUUAUCAGAGAUUGUCCCAUGUCAGGAAUAUACGUUAUGUUUUAUAAUCAAACCCAGAGAUUAAUACCACAAGAAAUAUCCAUGGAACACCCUUUCUACGUACACUCGAGUUGCGCAGCUCUUUCUGGAGUCCUGGCGUCGAUUUUAACUCACCCUUCUGACGUCCUCAAAACCCAAAUGCAAUUGUUUCCAAACAAAUAUCCGAAUCUGAGGUCCGUCUUUACCAGCAUUUACACCGAACACGGCAUCCAAGGGUAUUUCCAAGGGGUGAUUCCCCGACUACUCAAAAGAACGGUUUUCGCUGCCAUAUCUUGGCCCCUGUACGAAAAAGUGGCAUUUCAAAACAAGAAGAACCAAUUAACAUAAAAUACAAUAAAAUACGUUUUAUAUUAAAGUUGAAAUAAAAGAUCCUGCCUAGCUCUAU